GGGGCUGGGCGUGCGGAGGCCCCGACGGCGCCCGCGACUGGCUGUGAGGCCAGCGCAGCCCGGUGCAGUGCAGCGCCCCUCGCGCCCCGCUCCGGCAGCCCUGCGCCCCCGCCCCGCGCCCGCCAUGCCAGAGCAGCUCAGCGUCGCCGAGUUCCUGGCCGUCACCGCGGACGACCUCAACUCCCCGGCCGGGGCCGCCGCCUUCGCCGCCAAGAUGCCCCGGUGCCGGGGGGCGGCGCUGGCGCGGGAGGAGAUCCUGGAAGGAGACCAAGCCAUCCUGCAGAGAAUAAAGAAGGCUGUGCGGGCGAUCCACAGCUCCGGCCUCGGCCACGUGGAGAACGAAGAGCAGUACCGAGAGGCCGUGGAGUCCUUGGGCAACAGCCACCUGUCCCAGAACAGCCACGAGCUGUCCACAGGCUUCCUGAACUUGGCCGUGUUCACCCGCGAGGUGGCUGCACUCUUCAAGAACCUGGUUCAGAACCUGAACAACAUCGUCUCUUUCCCCCUGGACAGUCUGAUGAAGGGGCAGCUGAGGGACGGGCGACAGGAUUCCAAAAAGCAGCUGGAGAAGGCGUGGAAGGACUACGAAGCCAAAAUGGCCAGGCUGGAGAAGGAGCGGGAUCGGGCCAGGGUGACAGGAGGGAGCCCUGGAGAGAUGGCUCAGGACACACAGAGAGAGCGGCGUGUCUUCCAGCUGCACAUGUGUGAGUAUCUGCUCAAAGCUGGGGAGAGCCAGAUGAAGCAGGGGCCCGACUUCCUCCAGAGCCUCAUCAAGUUCUUCCACGCCCAGCACAACUUUUUCCAAGAUGGCUGGAAGGCUGCUCAGAGCCUGUCCCCCUUCAUCGAGAAGCUGGCGGCCUCAGUGCAUGCACUGCGUCAAGCCCAGGAGGAGGAGCUACAGAAGCUGACCCAGCUCCGGGACUCCCUCCGAGGGACACUGCAGCUUGAGGGCAGAGAGGGACAGGAACACCUGAGCCGGAAGAACUCAGGAGGUGGCUACAGCAUCCACCAGCACCAAGGCAACAAGCAGUUUGGGACAGAGAAGGUGGGCUUUCUGUACAAGAAGAGUGAUGGAAUUCGAAGAGUCUGGCAGAAAAGGAAGUGUGGAGUCAAGUACGGCUGCCUGACCAUCUCCCACAGCACGAUAAAUCGGCCCCCAGUGAAGCUGACCCUGCUGACAUGCCAAGUGAGGCCAAACCCCGAGGAGAAAAAGUGCUUUGACCUAGUGACCCACAACCGGACAUACCACUUCCAGGCAGAGGACGAAUAUGAGUGUGAGGCGUGGGUGUCCGUGCUGCAGAACAGCAAGGACGAAGCCUUGAGCAGCGCCUUCCACGGGGAACCCAGCGGCAGCCCGGGGUCCUGGGGGGGCACCGGGCAGGACGGGGAGCCCCAGGACCUCACGAAGCUGCUCAUUGCCGAGGUGAAGAGCAGGCCCGGGAACGGCCAGUGCUGCGACUGCGGGGCUGCAGACCCCACGUGGCUCAGCACCAACCUGGGCGUGCUCACCUGCAUCCAGUGCUCCGGCGUGCACCGCGAGCUGGGCGUGCGCUUCUCGCGCAUGCAGUCCCUCACCCUGGACCUGCUGGGCCCCUCCGAGUUGCUGCUGGCCUUGAACAUUGGAAACACAAGCUUCAAUGAGGUCAUGGAGGCCCAGCUACCCUCACAUGGCGGCCCUAAACCCUCAGCUGACAGUGACAUGAGCACCCGCAGGGAAUACAUCGUGGCCAAGUAUGUGGAACACAGGUUUGCCCGCCGGUCCAUACCUGAGCCCCAGAGACUCUGGACAGCCAUUUGCAACAGGGACCUCCUGUCCAUACUGGAGGCCUUUGCCAAUGGGCAGGACUUUGGACAGCCGCUGCUAGGGCCCGACACACAGGCACCUGGAGAGCUCGCCCUGCACUUGGCUGUCAAAGUCGCCAACCAGGCCUCCCUGCCUCUGGUGGACUUCAUCAUCCAGAACGCCGGUCACCUGGAUGCCAAGGCUGGGGACGGGAACACCGCCCUUCACUACGCCGCACUCCACAACCAGCCCGACUGCCUCAAGCUGCUGCUGAAGGCGAGAGCUCCGGUGGGCACAGUGAAUGAGGCAGGAGAGACAGCCCUGGACAUAGCCAGGAAGAAGCAGCACAAGGAGUGUGAGGAGCUGCUGGAGCAGGCCCAGGCUGGGACCCUUGCCUUCCCUCUGCAUGUGGACUACUCCUGGGGAAUUUCCACAGAGCCGGGCUCUGACAGUGAGGAGGAUGAGGAAGAAAAGCAGCGCUGCCCUCUGAAGCCCCCUGCCCACACCCGCUGGGUCGGUGGAAGGCUGGACAUCAGCAACAAGACCUACGAGACUGUCGCCAGCCUGGGGCCAGGCACCCCGCAGAGCCAGAGUGAGGAUUGCCCCCCACCCUUGCCUGUCAAGAACUCUUCUCGGACCAUGGUCCAAGGGUGUGCAAGACAUGCCAGUGGAGAUCGUUCUGAAGUCCCCAGCCUGAGUUCAGAGCCCUCUGAGGCCCCCGAGAGCCUGGGAAGUCCAGCCUCCUCCUCCUCCAGCCUCACAAGCCCUGUGGAACCCGGGAGUCCCAGCCAAGCCCCACCGAGCUCUGAGGAGGGCCUCCGGGAGCCCCUAGGCACCUCCCGACCCAGCCUGACAUCUGGGGCCACCCCUUCAGAGACGUAUCCCCCUGUCAGGUUCAGCUCCGAGAGCACUCGCUCCUACCGGCGGGGGGCCCGGAGCCUGGAAGACGGUCCCUCAGCCAGGCAGCCUCUGCCCAAGAGAAACGUGCCGUUUCAUCCUUUUUCCCGCAGGUUGGCUUCACUGAAGGAGAUGGUUCCAGGACAGGGGUCCUCCCAGCAAGCUCUGUGCAACUUUUGCAAGACUAGCUCCUUGCUGGCCCCUGCAUGCCUCAUGCUGGACCCCAACAUUCAGAGCUGGGACUUGAGCUCACAAAACGGGAGCUGAGGCGUUCAUUCUCUUGGGUCUCGCUCUCUGUGUCCCCUGUGCCUCUGUGGCUGGCCUUCUUCCUACUGUGGGCCAUGCCCCUGCCAUGAACACGGGGCCCUUCCAUGUUAGGGCUGAUGGCGGUUCUUUCCGCUCUAUCUCAUUACCCUCUGGGGGCCAGUGGGCCCUGUGGCUGGGUCUGAGUACUGCUGAGCUGGCUGCAGCUGCAGAAGCCUCAGUCCCUCUUCAGAUCAAGACUGUUUCUCCCAUCAGUCUGGGGGCUGCACAAGAGUAGGACCACCCUCCUGCAUCAUUCACUUCCAGAUCAGAGACUCUGCCAGACCAGGGACUGUCCUCUCGGCCAUUUAUUGGUCUAGCAUUCCUUUACUGAAUUCCAGCUCUGCGUGCAGACCUGUGUUAGGCACUUCGGAUGCCGCGUGAAUAAGCCAAGGGCCCUGUUGGAGGGAAGCUGGUCUCAAGGACCGGGCUUGGGAGUGGGUAGGGCCAGAUCCCGGGGGGGAUGGUGCUGGGCUCGGGCAAGUAUAAACCAGGACAGUCGGCUGCUAUAUUCCUGUAUGACCACUGUAGUUGUCUACAGCCAUAGCCACCUGUGCUGUACUGGCUGUUAAAUGAAUGUCACUCUUCUUGAGGAACAGCAUGGCCUUCCUCUCUGGCUCUCUGUAUUACACUCCCCAGCCAGGAGGUGGAGUAGGACUCACCUGCAUUUGCCUAUCUCCUUGACUUAGCAAGAAGGGAAGGAACCAGGUGGGUUGGCCAAUCCCCACGUCUCUUCUUUCUCUUGGCCGACUCAGCAGGAGCCUUCUAGUCCGGGGAAGUCAUGGGCCCAGAAAGGAGAAGGGAGAGCAAUAGAAAUGGGAGGGCAGAGAUUCAAGGUUCUGCUUCCCAGUGCCAGAAAUUUCACCGUUGCUCACCACUGAUUAGAAAGCAGGUACUCCUAAGCAGUCAUCAGCCACUAAGAUCUCAGCUUUACUGGGUGCUGAGCCCCGGCAGGUACAGGCCAGGCCAAGCAGGGGAGGCCAGAGAGCGCCAAUGCCACUGUGGUGGUCUGGCCAGGGAGGCUGGGCUGCUUGCCCUGGAGACCUGGCUGCUCUGUGUGGGUGGCCUUUUGAGCCCCCAGUGUCUGGUUUUGUUCAUCUCAGACUUAUUUCACUCAUCUCUAAUAAAGGAUUUUAGGGGUAAA